AUGACCCACACAGCAAUGCAGGCGCGCAUGACGCUCAAGAACGCCCUCGCCCGCGGCGAGAAGGGUCGUGGCUUCUGGUUAACCUUCCCGGCCUCGUCGGUCGCGCGCUCGAUCCUCUCGACCGUCAAGGGCUUCAACUGGGUCCUCAUUGACGGCGAGCACGGCAUGAUCGGCGACCGCGACUAUUACGAGUUGUGUAACGCCGUCGCUCAAUAUGGUGCGACGCCAAUCGUGCGUAUCCCCAACGCCGAGGAGGCGCUGGUUAAGCGUGCUCUCGACUCGGGUGCGCACGGUAUCAUGACGCCCAUGUGUCAUACUGCCGAGGACGCGCGCAAGAUUGUCUCUUGGAACAAGUAUCCUCCCCACGGGAGUCGUGGUUACGGGCCCAUGUUCUGUGGCGCGUCCUUUGGCAUCAGCGAAGGCGAGUAUGCCGAGCAGGCCGACGAUGCUCUCAUGGUCAUGGUGCAGAUUGAGAGUCGGGCUGGCGUCGAGAAUGUCGAGGAGAUUGCAAAAGUAGAGGGACUGGACGUACUCUUCAUCGGACCUUACGACCUGUCCAAGUCGAUGAAUGUCGAGUUUGGCGGGGAGGAGCACAGUGCCGCCAUUGCGCGUAUCCUCAAGGCCGCACAUGAUAAUGGCAAGAAGGCGGCCAUCUUCUGCGGAGACGGCAAGACGGCAAGCAAGCGCUUUGCGCAGGGCUUUGACAUGGCCAACGUCACGACUGACAUUGGCAGCCUUGUUGGGCAGAUGGGGCGCGAGCUCGCCGACUCGGGCGGCGACGUGGCCGAGAAGAAGGGUGGAGCGUACUCGUAA